AUGGAUCCUACCAAUUUGAAAGCUUUCCUUGGCUUGGAACAGCAGGUGAACACUCUCCGAUACUUACAAGUUGAGGAGGAGUUCAUCCGAGAAAACGUGGCAGAGCACAGGCAGGAAUGCAAUUCAAGGCCAUGGUGCGACUUUCGCAAGGUAGUGCCACUCAAUGAGAGGUGUGGUAUCCCUACCAAAUGGGACUUCAAAUCGUUUGAGGGUGUUUUGCUCAAGCAGCAAUCGCCAAAAGAGACUUACGUAGCAAUGUCCGAAACACCGCUCUUCAGCGCUAGUGAAUGUUCACAGGUCAUUGAAGAGGCAGAGCAGGUAGCAGCAUGGACACAAGGGUUUCCGUAUGCGUCGAAGGAGAACGAGCAAUUCAUGCCUCAUCGAACGCCAGUUGAGAAGCUUCCUCGCAGUACCGCCUUCCUCGGGAACGUCCUUGCUACCAGGGUCUAUCCUCUGCUUGAGACGGCGUUUCCGGAUGUGCCUGAGGCUAGAGCCCAGCACCUGAGGCUCUACCAGGCGACAGUUUUGAAGUACAACAGCAGCGGCUCUCCCAUCCUCACUCCUGUACACCAAGACUUCAGCUUCCUGACCCUGACAGUCAGCCUCAAUGACCCUGUCAACUAUCAAGGAGGGGGGGACUUGGAUCGAAGGCCUGAAAGAUUCUGGUCAGUGUGGCAUGCUGGGCAUCCUGUGCAGGGGGGCGUGCGCUACGUGCUGGCUAUGUUCUUCUGCUCCACGAAGUUCAUCGACCACAGCUUGCGAUUCGAGCAGCGUGCCAGCAAUGCGUUGAGAAGAGGACAGAUGUCAGAAGCCAUCCAGCUGUACAGACUGUGCGUGAAGUACAAUCCUCACGCUCUCACAGCAUGGUGUGUCCUGGCUAACCUUCACUGGACCUCUGCUGAGCACGAGGCAGUAGCAGAGUGUCAGAGGGUCGUGGAAGAGGGCCUCGGGAAGCUUGACGUAAGGGAUUGGCCACCGAGUUACAAGGGAGUUUUGCUCAACCUCGCGAAGUUGUAUAUGAAGAUGGAAGAUCCUGAGAAGGCGAUCUCAGCCCUCAAGCUGUGUAUAGAUAUUGAUCCAGACUGGAAAGAAGCCCGUAGCAUGAUUUCAAGUAUAACUUGA